GCUCUGACCAUAAUCUUGGAGAUGUGAUUCCAAGGCUAUUUAACCAUGUAUUCAAAUAUACUGUAGUUAUAUUCAGGCCUGGACUUGUCUUUGACAUGUCAGUGUGAAUAGAUGUUGAAAAUAGUAGAUAAAAGAAUGACAAAACAUUUAAUUAUCUUGACAGCCCAUUGCCAAACUAGAACUUAUUUAAUCACAUCUUACUCAUCAAAGUUUUUUAAGCACCACGGCCAAGGCUAGCUACUAUUAGGGUCUGUUCACCUUUCACCUUUUCCAGCAAUGCACAUUGACAUGUCUGCGUUAUUUUGUCUUCAGACUGUUGGGGGCGGUAGACAGACUGUGGGAAGUCCCAUCUGUCCUUUUAAGAAACUUCGUUGCAUAGAACCUGCUGCAUAUGUAGAAGCAAGACCCCUCACUUCUACUUUUAGUCACCACCUUUUGCAUCAUUCACCAGGUCCUGUGGUACAUCAAAGGUAAAGAAGAUCAGAAGAAAUUGAACAAACGCCCUGCAGAAAGAGGAAGCAGCAUGAAGUUACAGCAAACAGCAAAUCUCCGUUUCUUAAACCCCUAAUGAUGAUUGCUGUGGAAUGUUCAACAUCUGGACUCUGAUACUGGAGGAUGACAGGAGACUCUACCAGUGUCUCCAACAUGAGGACUGUUUUUUUGCAUGUGUCCAUGCUGGCAGUACUGGCUCAUACCGUGAAUGCUUAUGGUGAGGAUUCUGACUGUGACCCUGCCAUUCUGGUGUUCAAUAACACUCGUGCAGCUACAGUUGGAGAAUAUGUUGAAAUCAGCUGCACCGUUGUUACUUGCAAUGACUCACCCUCAACAGAACCGUCCUGGUACAGAUUACAGCCAAACCCUGUAAUUGUCAACAUCAGUGGCCAAAGUCAUAUAACUACUGAAAAGAAAAAUUUCAGUUCAACAUCGUGGACAUUACAUCUUGUUUUCCAUGGAAUACGUUUGACUGAUGCGGGUCAGUAUCUGUGUCGAAACAAGGCUUCUUCUGGUCACAAAAUUAAUGUCUCAGUCCACGGUAGUGUUGAUGUUACCACUGUUACAUGGAAGAAUAACAGAAGUAAAGAAGACAGGACAAGUCUUGCAGUGGAAAAAUGGAUGUACUUGUACUCUGCAGCUGGGAUUGUGGCAUUUGUCAUCAUUGUGAUCAUUGCAUCUGUCAUAGCCAUGCAAGGCUGUGGAGGAAAAACAUCAAAACAGGAAGGUGAAAAUCAGUAUGUGAUAAUCCCUAUUCCAAUGGCUGAGAGUUUUGACUCCCACCCCGAGCCAGGAGCAAGGCCACUGGUUUCUACACCACAGAGACAAAAUGACUCCAUUUAUGCAAAUCCAAAAACAAAGCGAGGAAUAAAGAGGACUGCAGCCGACGCAGAGGAAAAUUCUGUUCUCUAUGCUUCGCUUAACCAUCAGCCACUAGUGGUCAGUGCUCCUCGACCACGGAUGAGACAGGAGGAGGAAACAGAGUAUGCAGCAAUUUGCGUGUCAUAGAAAAGCACUAGACUUACUAUUCAAACACACACUAGAGCAGUGUUUUCCAACCCCUGUGCACAAUAGUGUGCCAUAAGACAUCAUCAGGUGUGCCAUGGAAUAUUAUCCAAUUUCACUUAAUUGGUCUAAAACUAUUAUUUAUUUAGGGUAAUUAAUUUGUAUUGACAGGAAGUAAGAUUAUGCAUUCCUCCACUAGGAGAUUGUUCUACACACUGACGGAAAAAGAUCUUCACGUGUGUAUUUCAUCAGUUCCUGUAAACACAUCAGCAUUGUGUUCAACUAAAAAGGCCCAGGUUUCACACUUGUAAAUUGUAAAUAAAUUCAAACUUGAAGAUCAUGUCAUUUAAUAAUAUAUACCUUUUUUGACAUUUCUGUUCCGUUGUGUACUGUGGAAUUUUCAUAUGUAAAAUACAGUAUGUGCCAUGGCUCAAAAGACACCACACCAGAGGACAGCUGCUCCUGGUACACAUGAAUACAGGUUUGUCGACAUAGAAUAGUUUUUAAUACUUUUCAGGGCUGUUAACCACAUCCACAUAAGAACUAUGUGUCUAUGUAAAGUGGUUGUCCCCAAAUAUAAAGUUAUAAGUAUAUUCUCGUUUUCCUCAGCAAUGGGGACAUUAUUUAUUUUGACCAAAUCCUCAUUUCUAUCUGCAGAAAUCCUAAAUAAUUACUAAUCAUUUCCAACAUUGUUGCCUGCACAGCUCCUCAACAUUUUUAUGGGAAAGUCCUCAGUUUUCUGUUACAGCUAAAUAUUUUUGAUUCAUCAGCCCACAGCACCUGCUGAAUUUUGUUAACCAAGUGGUUAAACAUGUUUGUACUGCAGGUUUUUAGUUAAACGCCUGUUGGCUGGAUGUCCCAGAGCCAUAGAGGGGUUGGUUUUGCUUUUGUUCUGAGCUGAUCAUGAUACUUUGCAGAGCUGUUGACACUAUAUCUGCUGAUAUCAAAAUGUCUUUUAAUUUCCCUAUAAAACAUUUUUCUCAGAUGUUCCCCAUUUUUCUGUGGUUCAUUAAAAACAGUUUUGUCAGUAGUUCCUUAAAA